AUGAAGGUGAUCGCGUCGAGGAAUUCAAAGCGUAAGUCUGAGGCGUCGCCGUUCGCCGGGAAGAAGCUUCGCUCGACGACGCGUUCACUCCAGAAGAGAGCUCAGAUCUCUCCGUCACCUCUCCACCACAAGGAAACAGUAGCACCCGCUGCCUCUGUAGAUUCCUGCUCCAAUUUGUUUUCUACAGUCGACGACACUGUUUCAUGCGGUUCUAGCGUAGUCGAGAAGAAGAGCUCGACGCUGAAGAAGACUCGAAUCGAAGAGGUAGAAGUUUCUGAUCGUGUGAUUGAUGAUCCCAAGUUUCGGAGGAUCACUAGAUCGUACUCGAAGCUAAACAGGGAGAAGGACGCAGAGGAGAUCGAAGUAAGCGAAUCGUCCUUCACGCGAUCCGACGUGACGUUCGCCGGGCACGUCUCCGAUAGCCGGAGUUUGAAUAUCGUUUCGGAGAACAAGGAGAGCGACGUCGUUUCGUUCAUAUCGGGUGUGGACUCUUGCUCCAAGUUCGGGAGCGUAACUGGAGGAGGAGCCGAUAACAACGAAGAAACUGAAAUCUCCAAACCGAGCGGAUCCGUGGAACUGAAGCCGGAGCUCGAGACAGUCGGAUGCGUCUCCGAUCUCUCUUGCACGGAGACGUUCUCCGGCGAAGACGUUUCGGAGUACGACGAGGAGGCACGUUCCGAGACGCUUUCGCAGUACUCCUCCGACUUCGGUUUCUCGGAUUACACUCCGUCAAUGUUUUUCGAUUCCGGCAGCGAAUUCUCUGAGAAAUCGAACUCCGACUCUCCCGUUUCGCAUACUCGCUCUCUGUACCUCCAGCUCAUGGCGCAGUUCUGUAGAUCCACCGUUCCGAACGAUCUCGAAUCUUCUCGUCAGGAACAACACCGUGGUAUCCAGUCUGAACUGCUAAGGUUUGAAGAUGAAGAGGUUGAAGAGAGCUAUCAAAGGCUGAGGGAAAGGGAGAGAAGUCAUGCAUAUUUGCGUGACUGUGCUAAGGCUUACUGCUCCGCCAUGGACCAUACUGAUCUCAUCCCUCGUCUACGCUUGAUCAUGGUUCAAUGGAUUGUGCAGCAAUGUUCUGAGAUGGGGCUUCAGCCAGAGACAUUGUUUCUAGGAGUUAGUCUGCUGGAUCGAUUCCUGAGCAAGGGAUCCUUCAACGACGAGAGGACUCUUGUACUGGUGGGGAUCGCGAGUCUUACUCUGGCCACCAGAAUUGAAGAAAAUCAACCAUACAAUAGCAUCCGGAAAAGGAACUUCUACAUCCAGAACCUAAAGUAUAGCCGGCAUGAAGUGGUAGCAAUGGAGUGGCUGGUUCAAGAAGUCCUCAACUUCAAAUGCUUCUCACCCACAAUCUUUAACUUCUUAUGCUUCUACCUAAAAGCUGCCCGAGCCAACCCAGAAGUUGAAAGGAAAGCCAAAUCCUUGGCCGUUACCUCACUAUCCGAUCACACCCAACUCUGUUUUUGGCCCUCAACUGUAGCAGCCGGACUCGUAGUUCUCGCCUGCAUUGAACACAACAAGAUCUCAGCCUACCAACGAGUCAUAAAGGUUCAUGUUAGAACAGAAGAUAACGAGCUGCCUGAAUGCGUCAAGAGCCUGGAAUGGUUGCUUGAGCACUAAGCAAUCCACAACAACAAAUACCCAAAAUCAGACCACACAGUAUACUCAAACACGAUCUCACAGCUUAUUAUUACAACCUACAAAAAUCAUAUAUAUGGUAUAUAUAGCAAUGCCUCUACAGCUUUAUAUACUUGA